AUGUCUUCUGGAGGUCUUCUUCUCCUGCUGGGACUCCUCACCCUCUGGGCAGAGCUGACCCCCGUCUCCGGCCAGCGCCAGCCAGAUUUUUGUCAUCUUCCUGAGAACACUGGGCCAUGUAGAGCUGAAUUUCUUCGCUUCUACUACAACUCGACUUUCAAUAACUGCCAGGAGUUUAUUUACGGUGGAUGCGAUGGCAAUGCCAACAAUUUUGUGACCAGAGAUGAAUGCCACUACACCUGUGUUGAAAAGCCCGGGGUGUGUCCCACGGCCCCUCCAGGCACCAUCACCAUCACCCCUUGUCCCGUAAUGUGUGGAAGCGACUGGGAGUGCAAGGGGAAACAGAAGUGCUGCCAUUAUGCUUGCAUAGUUGACUGCAUGGAUCCUGUUCCUGUCAGAUUCACCAUUCGACUUUUCCGAACUCAACUUGGACCAAAGGCCGACCAGGCCAAGGGUGGGGCAGACGGCUUCACCAUGUCUUCUGGAGGGCUUCUUCUCCUGCUGGGACUCCUCACCCUCUGGGCAGAGCUGACCCCCGUCUCCGGCCAGGGACCGCCAGAGUUGUGUUAUCUUCCUGCUGAUGGAGGACCAUGUCUAGCUUAUAUGCCUCACUUCUACUACAACUCAACUUUCAAUGACUGCCAGGAGUUUAUUUAUGGUGGAUGCUGGGGCAAUGCUAACAGGUUUGAGACCAAAGAUGAAUGCCACUACACCUGUGUUGAAAAGCGCGGGGUGUGUCCCAAGGCCCCUCCAGGCACCAUCACCAUCACCCCUUGUCCCGUAAGGUGUGGAAGCGACUGGGAGUGCAAGGGGAAACAGAAGUGCUGCCAUUAUGCUUGUAUAAUUGACUACGGCUUCACCAUGUCUUCUGGAGGUCUUCUUCUCCUGCUGGGACUCCUCACCCUCUGGGCAGAGCUGACCCCCGUCUCCGGCCAGCGCCAGCCAGAUUUUUGUCAUCUUCCUGAGAACACUGGGCCAUGUAGAGCUGAAUUUCUUCGCUUCUACUACAACUCGACUUUCAAUAACUGCCAGGAGUUUAUUUAUGGUGGAUGCGAUGGCAAUGCCAACAAUUUUGUGACCAGAGAUGAAUGCCACUACACCUGUGUUGAAAAGCGCGGGGUGUGUCCCAAGGCCCCUCCAGGCACCAUCACCAUCACCCCUUGUCCCGUAAGGUGUGGAAGCGACUGGGAGUGCAAGGGGAAACAGAAGUGCUGCCAUUAUGCUUGUAUAAUUGACUGCAUGGAUCCUGUCUAA